AUUUAGAUUGUUCAAAUAUUGUUCAUUCCUGAAAAAAAUUCCACGAAAAUGAAAGUGCCAGAAGAAAUCCAAACGGAAAUGAUGGCUGACAUGCUUCGUGAAAAAAUGAAGAAUCACAAAAAAUCGAAACCAAGUGGGAAAAAGAAGGAGAAAAACGAACAAAUCGUUGCAAAAGCUGAUAAACCGACUUCUGUUCAAAAUCCAGCAAGAACACUCGUUCAGAUUCAGGAAAUUCUUGCGGAAAAUUCAAAUAAUGAUGAUCUGAGCAAGUCGAUGGAUUUAUUGAUUCCCGUGAUGCUUGGGAUGUUAUUCUGCUCUCCCCAUCCCAAAGUCCGUGACCAGGCGAUUGAGUGCCUCCGAACUAUAGAUCAAAAAAUGGGAAAAUCAAUUAUCGAAAAGCAUGUGAAGAGGAUGUCGAAUGAGAAGAGAACUGUUAUAGCGUCUUUGAUUUGAAAAUUUUCAUGCUAAAAAAUCGAUGUUUCUGACAUUUGAAGUCAUAAAAAUAGAAUCAAGAAA